CCCGCUUCCUCUCCUCUCCAAAACCCUCCCCAAAAACCACGCCCCCGCCUUCCAGAACCUUCUGGAACCGCGAUGGCCCCCUCCCCUUCCGACGUCGCCCUGCAGGCCGCCCAGGACGGCAACCUCCGCCUCCUCAGGAAGAUGGCGAAGAAGUUGGAUUUGCGAGGAGUCAAGGACAAGAAUGGCCUAAGCGCGCUUCACUUCGCUGCAAGCCAUGGGCACCUGGAUUGCUGCAAGUUCCUUGUGGAGGAAUCGGGCCUUGAUGUCAACUCGGUUGGUCACAAAGGUGAAACGCCAGUGUUCUAUGCCGCGAUCGAUGGGAACGUUCAGGUUUUGGGGUACCUUCUUGAUCAUGGUGGUGACCCGGUGAAACCCGAGGAGAGGGGCUGCACGCCGCUGCACAAUGCGGCAGAGAAUGGGCAUGAUGAGGCUGUAAGACUAUUGCUGUCCAAAGGAGUUCAUGUGGAUCCUCUGAAUUAUCGUGGGGCCCCACUGCACUUGGCUGCCUCAAAGGACCGGGUUCAAGCCAUGAAGGUUCUGCUUGAACAUGGUGCUGAUCCCAACAGAGUUGUCAAUCAUAUCUUUUCACCACUCAUGAUGGCAUGCUGCGGGCACUCCUUGAAAUGCGUGAAGCUACUUGUUGAGGCUGGCGCUGAUGUGAACGGUAAUAGUACCAAUGGACCUACCCCUUUAACUGAAGCGGUUGAUGACAGUUUAACCGAUGUUGUCAAAUUCUUGGUAGGGGCUGGAGCUGACCCUAACAUUCCUGACGAGGAAGGGAGGAUUCCUAUCAUGGUGGCAGCAGCUCGUGGUCAACGAGAGCUUGUUGAAAUUCUAUUUCCUCGGACAAAACCUAUUCCAUGUCUGCCAGAUUGGAAUGUUGACGGGAUAAUUAGAACUAUGAGAACCACACGUAUUGAACCUCAGUCUGCUAUUCCUGUGGAAGAACAAGUGUCUGAUGCAAAGUCGAAAGGAAAGGAAGCAUUUGCAAAGGGUGACUACCUUACAGCCAUCUACUUCUACACCCUGGCAAUGGAUAAAUCCCCACUUGAUGCCACCUUGUUUGCCAACCGGAGCCUUUGCUGGCUGCGGCAGCGAGAAGGGGACAGAGCUUUACUGGAUGCACAGCAGUGCAGGAUGCUGCGCCCUGGUUGGUCCAAGGCAUGGUACCGUGAGGGCGCAGCUCUCAGUUUCAUGAAGGACUACAAAGGAGCAGUGGACGCAUUCGGGGAGGCACUGAAACUUGACCCCAUGAGCGACGAGGUCAAGAACGCGUUAAGGGAGGCGAUCGAGUGUCUGAAGAGAGCUGCUUGAUCUGAAGAUCCGAAUAACCCUUGAGCAGCUACUGCAUCGUCCUUUUGGCCUCACCUCACCUGUCAGACUGCUUCACAUCUUUCCACUGUAACUACCAACGACUAGGUUUUGCAAACCAUGCUGACUGUUUAGCUAUCUCUGCUGUCAGAGUACGUAUGGCAGGAACAUGCACUGUCUUUCGGUCAGAAACCAUAUGGUUUGCUAGGUCAUCAUCACCCAUACAUAUGCAGUUGCACUUUCUUCCAUUUUGUGCGCAACUCAUGCAAGUGCAAACUGGCAGUAAUAGUAUAUGAUAUGUAAAGUUCGUCAGUUUCUGAACUCAGUACUUUGGUUUGUUAUGAACUUCUAUGAUACUCCAUCCGUUUCACAAUGUAA